UGGGACAAAACAGGAAAAGGAGGGGCCAUGAAUGGCUUGUUUUGCUGAUGUUUAUCUGCGAGGUAUCUCGUAAGCGAGACACACAUUACCCAUAGCUGUGGCCUCAAUUGUAAUAAUUUUAAUACUGCAUCUUUUACCGUUUUGAUAAAUGUAAAACGAAGUCAUGAAUGGGAGUACAAAUCCGCUCUUGGACAAAGAGGAGCAUGUAUUGAAGCUCGGGGAGAGCUUUGAGAAAAGACCAAAGUCAUCAUUUCACACAAUAAGAUAUGAUUUCAAACCAGCAUCCAUUGACACGAGUUGCGAGGGAGAGUUACAAGUCGGCAAAGGGGAUGAAGUUACCAUCACGUUACCUCACAUUCCAGGCUCCACGCCACCAAUGACAGUGUUCAAAGGGAACAAGCGGCCUUAUCAGAAAGACUGUGUUCUAAUCAUCAACCAUGACACUGGAGAGUUUAUGCUGGAGAAACUCAGCAGCAGUAUCCAGGUCAAGAAAACCAGAGCUGAGGGAAGCAGUAAGAUUCAGGCCAGGAUUGAGCAGCAGUCUGUACGGGCCAGCCAGCCCCCUUCCCAGUUCCGCGCUCCAACCAAGCCCGGCACGGGGACCAAGACCUCGUCCUCCCCCUCGAAGGACAACCCCUCUCCUGAACCCCAGCUGGAUGACAUCAAAAGAGAGCUGCGUGCCGAGGUGGAGGUGAUCGAGCAGAUGAGCAGCAGCGGUAGCAGCUCCUCCGGCUCGGCCAGCGCCUCGCCCAGCGGGGACGACUCCUCCAGCAGCGACGGCGAGCACGACGCCCCGCCCCCCCCCGGGGGCCCGCCGCUGCCCCAGCCCUCCCCCAACCGGCCCCCCACGACCAACGGGGGGGUGGACAGGCAACAAGGCAGCAACCAGCUGAUGAACACACUCAGGAACGACCUGCAGCUCAGCGAAUCAGGAAGCGACAGUGACGACGACUGAGGGGUCCUGUCUGCUGAGUCGUUGCCCCCUCCGCCUGCCGGGUCUUCCCUCUGUCUACCUCUCACCGUCACACCCGCUCUCUCUCUCUCUCUCUCUCUCUCUCUCUCUCUCUCUCUCUCUCUCUCUCUCUCUCUCUCUCUCUCUCUCUCUCUCUCUCUCUCUCUCUCUCUCUCUCUCUCUCUCUCUCUCUCUCUCUCUCUCUCUCUCUCUCUCUCUCUCUCUCUCUCUCUCUCUCUCUCUCUCUCUCUCUCUCUCUGCCUGCUUCCUUCGUUUUGUUGCCGUGGUAACUGACUGGACUUGUAAAGCGCCGCCUGUUUUUAGUGUUUGUUUUUUUUAUAUAUCCCAAAAUUGGGGAAUUUGAAAGAGUGUAUUUUUUAUUAGCUGUAUAUGUUGUUUUGUAUCUCAAACUUCCUUUUCCAUGAUGGUAACUUUGAAAAGUAUAUAGAUGUGUGUAUAUAUAUAAAAAUAUAUGAAUGCAUAAUACAUAUUUUCUGUACCUAGACCUCCUAGUUGGGAGGGGCUUCAUUUCAAUAUCACUCCAUCCUCCCUCCCAGUCAUCAGUCAUCCCUCUUUUUCAUGUUUUUAUGGUCAGUCUUUCAAUGUUAAAAGACUCUGAAAGAAAAAUAGUAUAUAUAGUAUUAAUGUAGCAUCAGAUUAAUAAUUUCCACAAUUUAGCUCAAAUGUUUUUUUAAGAUCAUGUAUUUUUACGAUAGAUGAACCUGCCAGUGUUGAUGAAUCAGUUCAUUGAGCUAUGCCAUCUAAUUAUUUGAGCCCAAAGACAUGGCAUUUUAUUAUUUGUACUGCUGACUUACAUCAAUCCACUCCAGUAAAAAUCCAACGUCACACUUCUUAGCAGAUCAGAGUGACUGUGCUUAGUCAGAGCCCCCGGAGCCCUUCAUCCUGUUAGUUUCUCAGUUUCUGCCCUGCUCCUCCAGCUACUAGGUUUGGAGGUCAUAUUACUGGAUACAGUUUAUCACCCUAUAACGAUACGAUCCCAAACAAAAUACUGUAGAUUUUUCUAACCUCUGUUGUUGAUUUUUCUAAUCCAUCAUACAGUAUUUUGUAAGUUGCUACAUUAUAUUAUUCUAAUAUAUUAUUAAUAUCAUAUUCUAAUGCAGUCAGCGUUAAAAGGCUACUUGGCAGCUGUACCCUUGCCCUAGUAGUGUGUGUGUGUGUGUGUGUGUGUGUGUGUGUGUGUGUGUGUGUGUGUGUGUGUGUGUGUGUGUGUGUGUGUGUGUGGUAGACUGAAUUGGUGCUGUCAAGUCUGGAUAUCACUCCACACAGAGCUGUUUAAUAGAAUUUGUAGUGUUCAGUCUCUGACAUACUUUCCUAUUUAACAAAAGCAAUCUGUGUUGUACUGAAGGUGUUUU